AUGUGGCAUCGGACGUUUGAUUCGAACAAUCGGCCCUAUUAUUUCAACGAUAAUACUAACGAGACAACAUGGGAGAAACCUAAAGAGCUUUGGACCGAGUUGGAUGAGGCGUUGGCGUCUGCAGACUGGUUUGAAUACUCCACAGAAGAUGGCAAGCCUUACUGGUAUAACAAGAAGUCUGGUACCAGCGUCUGGGAAAUUCCCAAAGAGUUUAAACAUUUCAAAAGCCCAGCUAGUGCUAAUGAUACCUCGAACUCCUCUGGGCAUACCGAGAGCUUCGAGGACAUGGCUGCAAGGCUCGAUCUGAAAGUCGAAUUCUCGCAGGCUCUGCCCCGGUUGAUAAAAGAAGAAGCCUUCUGGGCAAUUGACACAGCAUCAGAAAGACGCAACGCAUACAAGGCAUAUUUAAAGAAACUACAGCAGAAAGAACUGAGUUCCAGCUUACAACAACGCAAAGAACGCUCUGCUAUGCUAUUAAUUCAACUCCAAAGUACUUUUGGCGACAAGCUCGUGGACUGGGAGACCGCUAAAGAGCGAUUGGACCUCAAAGGUACCAAGGAGGACUGUUAUGCUUACUGCUUGUGGAGAGAUGCUAAUGAAAAAGAGCGGGCUGAAAAACGAAUUGCCGUUGGUUCAAAACUAUCCCAGGCAUUAGAGCUUACGAAAAUUGAUACUAAUACUGACUGGGAAGCUCUGGAAAGGUUGGUCCGAAACAUAACAGAUGAUCUCCAUGUUCUCGAUGAGGUGAUUUCGGUGAAACUAGACGCUGGUCUGGAAUCACUUGAUAUGCGGCACAAAAUCCAAGAACGUAAAGAUCGAAAAGCUCGUGAAAGGUUCAGAGCGAAAUUAGCUGAACUUCACGAGGAAGGUAUACUGAGGGCUACCAGUGAUUGGCAGACAGUACUCUCCGCGGUUCCAGAGGAUAUUCUAAUGGCAGUGUGUCAUUCUCGGGGAUCCACGGCAACCGAACUAUUCUGGGAUUAUGUGUCUCAGCUCAAGCAGAAGUUCAAUGUUCAAGUGGGCGUUGUAGAGGACGUCUUGACCAAAAAGAACCUGAGCGUGUCCGGGCUGAGUUUGGAUGAGUUCCAAAGUCUCUUCGAGGGCGAUAAAAGAGUGCAGGACACCCUUGACAUAUACAAUUACUUGAAAGUCGACAAUUUCGACAGCCAACGACGCGACCAGCGAUCGCUAGCCAGAGGUGAAGGCGGUAAAUAUCAUAAACCCGUUUUGGAAUACUAA